AUGCCUUCUGUAAAGGACAUUAACAAAAACGACUUUUUCACCCGUUGUGGAAUAACGAGGAAUUAUUUAACCUCAACACGGUCAAUGAGCGAGUUUGAUGACCUUCGUCGUCGGCAUCAAGUCUCAAAAAAUAGACAUGUAGGCUAUGGAAUCCGCUAUGCAUGCACUAGAAAUGCCAAAGCAAGAGAUAAUUGCCCUUAUCUAUUACUUCAUAUUCCUGGUAAAUUGUAUUUAAUUGAAAUAGAAUAA